GAAAGCGAACGGGGCGACCCACAAAAAAUAAAAAAAAAAACAAAACAAAACAAAACCGAAUCAAGGCAAAAACACGGAAUGUUCUUUCGGGAAAAAGUACGUUCAUAUAACGCAUAUUCAUUCGUACACUCGCGUUCAUAAUAUUAUACUGUAAUACUAACAUUGUCGUUGUCGUCGUCGCGAAAGACGAAUAAUUUAUACGUGAUUAUUACGGUUAUUUAUAAAUGUAUAAUUUAUCCAAAUCGACGUGCGUAUAUUUGUUUACUUUUCGUCGUUCUCACACGCGUUUCUCAAACAAACAAUUUCGCAUGUAGCCGCGCCUACAAGGUAAGUAAACUCGAUCAGUAUGAUAAUACUUACUGUUGUAAAAUAAUAAUAAUACGAAUCUGACGUCAUAUCGAGCGCCGCUUUUGUAUGCAGUUCAAAAUCGCGUUGUCACGUCGACGUCAUCCAUUUUAACAUCGUAAUAUAUAUUAUAUUGUGUUUGGACGAUCGAACGACGCACGCGAAAUCACCCCGUGUGCUUUUAUCGUGAUUUUCACCGGCAACCGUACCGCGUGCGAAAACCUUUAAUAGCGGCGGCGGCGGCGGCGGCGGCGACGACGACGACGACGACGACGACGCGACAGGACGAGAUCAGAACUCGGCGGCGUCACUCUUUCACCGACUACACCCUGACAGACUGGUACCGUGUAUCAUGUCCUCUGUCUGCAACUACGUGAAUAAUUCUGUUUGGUAUUUUGGCGAACCAAAUCAUAUUUACAAGUGUUUUGUGUAAUGGAAAAAUGAUGCUUGGAGGAUGGGGUCGAAGUCCUGGGAGCAGUGGAUCCGUCCCGCCGUCAGGACAACGUACCGGUCACCGAUUAUUGCCAUUGCCGUUCAACAGAACAGGAGGCGGCAGUGGAAGCGGCGGAAGCGGUGGCAGAGCAGCUGAAGCUGAAGAUGUCAUGGGACAUUAUGGUCGAAAUAAAGGCGGUGUAAACAAAAUACGAACUGGCCUGUAUUAUUCUCCACCAGGAACAUCUUAUACCAUACUCGAAAAGCCCCCAGCCGCCUCACCACCGCCUCCACCGCCUAGAGCAACAUAUCUAAGGGAGUCAUCAGCUGGCGUAUCUGGACCAAAUCACCCAGGCACUGGUAGCAAUAGUAAUCGUUCUAAUAAUGUCAGUUCACGUGGAAGUUCUGGAAAAAAGAGGCCUAUUUCUCCGGAACAAGUUCUUAAAAUGUUUGCAGCACCCAAUUACAGUGCAUCUUCUUCGUAUCACGUGUCUAGUGCUAAACCACAAUCACCUCCACCUCAUGGUUCAAACACAUCGCAACCGCACAACAACACAUCAUCCACAAUACAUAAUGAUAAUCUUACAGUACGUACGAUAUCAAUGUCAAGGCCAAAUGCAACUUCAGGAAGUCCAUCCAAUCAAGGAUUUGGUAUUUGUGUUAAAGGUGGUGCAGACGAAUCAAAUGUUGGGGUGUAUAUAUCACGGGUAGAAGAAGGAAGUAUAGCCGAGAGUGUUGGUCUUAAGCCCGGAGAUUCAAUUUUAGAAGUAAAUGGCAGGCCAUUUUCAACUAUAUCACACGAAGAAGCAUUAAAAAUCUUUAAAUCAUAUCGUCAAAUUACAAUGACUGUAAAAUGUCCAUCGCCACCUCAAUCAAUGCCCACCAUGCACAAAAAGGACGACGACGAGAACACUAACCAAGACGAUACGUGGGGAUUGACCAGGACGUAUUCAUGGAUUAAUCGGAAGGGUCAACCAGUCUCACCUCCUUUAGAAUAUGCCAAACCCAUUUCUCCAUACUCAAAAUGGUCCUAUACUCGUUCAUCCAAAGAUAAAAUAAGAAAAGUUGAAUUGGUAAUUGAACCAGGACAGAGUCUUGGUUUGAUGAUAAGGGGUGGAACUGAGUAUAAUUUAGGUAUUUUUAUAACUGGUAUCGAUAAAGAGUCUGUUGCAGAUAGAUCUGGACUUAUGAUUGGCGAUCAAAUUUUGGAAGUAAAUGGUCAAUCUUUUUUGAAUUUGUCGCAUGAUGAAGCAGUAAACCAAUUAAAAUUUCAAAAGCAAAUGACACUUACCGUAAGAGACGUAGGUAAAGUUCCUCAUUCUUGUACAACAUAUAAUCCAGAUACAAAUUGGAACCAUUCCUUAGACAAUGCAGACGGUGCUUUGAAGUUAGGGACAUCUGCUGCAUCUCAAAUGGUAGAGGAAAAAGCUCGAAUUUUGCUGACGAAAAAUGAAUUUAAUACUUUGCGGUAUUAUUUGGACGAGUAUUCGUGUUCUCGAAUGUCUAUUGACGCAUUUAUAACUAUACUUUUCGAAUUGCUCAAUACAACUGAUAAGUUUACGCUGUUGACGGAAUUGCGCGAACUAAUAGGUCCCUCAGAUCGAGACCGUUUUGAUCAAUUGGUAUAUAGAAGAGGACGGGAAUCCAGAAAAACACACUCCCGAAAACUUGAUGGUUUUAAUUCAAAUAUACCUGGAGGUCAAAGUAAAGGAUUUGAUUUUCCUAAUGAAAAUUCUGGGAUGGAUAUUGGGACUACCGAGUAUUCAAAUUCAAAUUAUAGGACUAGUAAUGAUAGAAAAUCUGAGGGAAAACAUUCUCCUAUGAAAACUGACGAACAAUCUCAUAGAGAUAUGGAAGUUGAAGAAUUUGAAUUUAGCCAUCAAGAUUACGGUGACUUGGAAACUGAGCUUUUACCAAGAAAAUAUCAUAACGAUUUGAUUGAUGUUGGUUAUACGCAUCGAAAUUCAGGCAUUUAUGAUGAAUCUAAUAUGACUAGGUCAUCGCAAUUAUCAAACAAACACGGACGGUCGUACGAUGGUAAAAAUGAACUGCUGGAUGAGGAUGGAAGUUAUCGAAGAGAAAGUGGUUUUAUAGAGUCAUCAUGUUCCAAUAAUAUACAAAACGAAUCUCAGAUAAUGUUAGAUCAACAAGGAAAUCUUCGUAUAAUUGUUAAAAAGAUCAAACCAUUGCUCGGGAUCGCAAUUGAAGGCGGAAUCAAUACAAAACAUCUACUUCCUAGGAUAAUAAAUAUACAUGAAAAUGGGGCUGCAUACGAAGCUGGUGGUCUUGAAGUCGGUCAGUUGAUUUUAGAAGUCGACGGUCAAAAAGUAGAAGGAAUGCCUCAUCAAGAAGUAGCUAGGCUCAUCGCAGAAUCUUUUGCACAAACUGAUAAAUCCGAAAUUGAGUUCCUUGUAGUUGAAGCAAAGAAAUCGAAUUUGGAACCAAAACCUACCGCACUGAUAUUUUUGGAAAGUUAACCGGUUGAAAAAAAACUAUUGAUGAUAUGUUAUAGCUUAUUAAGUACAGUGAUGGAUUCCAAUAACGUGACGACUAUUAAUAAACUAGUUGGAAACAUACAAGUCAUUUGUCUGAAUACAUUUAUUUGUAUGAUUAAUUUUAAUUAUCUACUAUAAAUUGCAAGAUGAUAUGUUAUUAAUUCAAUUUAACAUUUCACAUUUAAGUAUUUUUAUCGAAUCAUUUUAUUAUUUUUAUUAAUUCUCAUUUUUAUUCUUUAAUAAUUCAUUUUCUAUAAACUUCAUUAUAAAUAUCUAAUUUUAUAUUACUCUUGUUCAAAUUGAUAUCCAGUAUAAAUUAUAUUACGUUAUAUUAUUAUUAUUAUUAUUAUUUAAUAAUGCUACACAAAAUAUAAGUAAAAGUUAAAUACCAUAGAAUUAUUUUUGAAUAACUGGCCUAAUAAAUUAUUAUAUUAUGUAGGUAUAUCUGAUAUCAUAAGACAUAUUAUUAUAAUUUAUAACGUACAACAAUUAUUCAUACAAAUAAUAAAGUAAUAGUACACUUGCACAGAUCACACGUAAGGCGUAAUAUAAAAUUUUACAAUAUAACGAUAAUUCUUAGUAAGUACUAAUAUUAUAUUUUAGUUCAUUGUUUUAAGUGCCUUCAAUACCGAUUGGGUGUAAGAAAUGUGGUUUAAAAGCAUUGGUCUAUAUAAUUAUUUUAUCUGUUGUACGAGAAAACUUUAUAAUAAUAUAUACAACUUACAUAUUAUUAUAUAAUCAUAUAUAAAGUAGUGAUCGUUAUAAGAAGCAAUAAUAAUAAUAAUAAUAAUAAUAACUGUGGCCUUGUCUUUGAUACCCUAAAUAACUUAUAAAACAACUUUUUUUUGAAAAACGUCGUUACAUAGAAUUAUGAAAAAAUAAGACUUUUCGAAAUAAUGAGUGUAGACACUUAAAUCCUCCCCCGAACAGCAUGAUUCUUAAGAGAAAACAUCAUCUCCUAUAUUCGAUUACUACAUAUAAUAGAUAUAUCUAUUAUAUAAUAUAGUCAUAGGUAUUUAUAAUAGGUAUGUGUACAUACCCCUGUUAUUCUAAGUUACUUCGACAACUGACCACGGGUACCUAUGUUUAUAUAUAUUUUAAACUUCCUUUAUACGAUAUAUAAUGGCAUACUAUAAUAUAACUACGUGGCAAGUAAUUUUCCUCUGUAAACAUAACCGUCGCCUAUAUAUUAUAUUAUUAUACUUAAUAUUUUGCCAUUUUGCAUUAUUAAAUAGUACGCCUUUGUGUACGUUCGAAUUUCAUUAAGAUUAUUAAUUUCAUCAUAUUUAAAAUUGAAUUACAUAUAAUAUUAUUAACGUUAUUAUUGAAUAGUUGCAUAGAAUCAUAGAAACACACACUAUAUAUUAUGUAUGUGUCGUAUAGGUAUUUAUUGAGUUCACUCGCGUAUUUAAUUGUUAUUUUCUCUUUCUCUCUCACUUUCGAUUUUUUUUUUUUAAAUUAAAUUAGACGAUAUACAUAUAGUCAUGAUCAUUCACUAAUGUUAUUUUUAUCAAUUUCAGUCUUUUUCUGUACAAAAAUGAAUUGUGUAUUAGUGUACUAAUAAUAAUAUUAUAAUAGUUCGGUGCUGUGUUAUUGUACCACCCGGGGGAAGAUUUUAUGGUGCCACUCUUUAUUAUUUAUUUAUCAACAUGGCAAAACAAUUGAGUACCUAUACCAAACAAACAUACCGUUAUAAAUUUAUUUAUUUAUAAAGAACCACAUUCUUAAUUUAUAUAUAGUUGACGAUGAAAUAAUAUUUAUGUUUAUACGCAUAUUAUAAUAUAAUAUCCGAACUAUAUUUUGAAUACAUAUUGUAGGAUAUGAAAAUAUAUUAUUUUUUUCAUGAAUCUAGUAGAUUCCUUAUCAUUUUUAAAAACACAACAAAGAAUUACUUUAAAACUAAUUAAAAUUACUUGAAAAUUUUUCUGCUCAUAAAACUUUGCACCUCGAUUCUUAGGAAGCUUUCUCCUCUUUUUAAACACGGCACCGUAGUUACCGUUCAUCACAGUUAAAUUAAACUCAAGACUAAACUACGAGUGUUGUCAUUUCGUUUUUAAACUUUAUAAAGAUUAAGAGCACUGAGAAUUUGGCUGAUGUAUUACAGGCAUAUAAUUAUAUUAUAUACCUAUAUACUGCAGUAGUAGGUAUAAUAGCUACAUAUUAUAAUUGGCUUUGCCCGUUACAUUAUUUUAGCUCAAUCGAAAAAAAAAUUAUAAUAAUAAAUAAUAGGCAUACUUAGACCACUUAGCUAUAUAGUUUUAUUAAUUUGUGGUAUGCCGUAAAAUGUUAAUAACCGCGAUAUUAUAUUAUUAAUACUUAUAUAUAUAUAUAUAUAUAUAUAGAACUCGACUCGAUAUUUUAUUUUAGAUAUAUAACUAUUGUUUUUAUUUGUACAAAUUAAUUAAUAAAUAUUUGUUGUUUGUUGGAUAUAUUAUAAUUUAAAAAUAUAUUAUAUUAUACACGUAUACAUAAAUAUAUAUAUUUAUUUAUACAGUAUUAUACGGAGUGUCCCACGAUGUUCUUGGUAUUUUCAAGUAACAAACAUUGUAACUGGUACAUCUAGGACCCCCUGUUAAAUAUAUGUAUAAUGUAUAUAUUAUACAUACAUAAAUACACAUACACACACACAUAUAUAUAUAUAUAUAGACGUGUGUGUAUGUAUAUAUGAUAGGUAUAUUAUAUAUUUAUAUAUUGAUGAAAUGUGUAUUUUAAUUUACGAUGACAAGUAAUACUUGAGCCUGUAUUUUUGGUACGUUGUAAAACACGCACUAUAUAUUAUUAUGUUGCAUGUUUACUAUUUGUAGUCGUAAUUAAAUUGUUACUAAAAAAAUAUACUAAUAAUUACUGAAAAA